AUGAAACUAAAGCGUGUACUCGUAAUCGCGGGCUCGGACAGUUCUGGUGGAGCUGGUCUAGAGGCAGACCAGCGGGUGCUUACCGCUCAUGGCUGCUAUGCCCUCACAGCCACGACGGCAUUGACGGCGCAGAACACAUUAGGUGUGCAGGAUAUUCACGUCGUCCCCGUGGGAUUCGUAAGGAAGCAGAUUAAUGCUGGGUUGGAAGAUGUUGGAGCGGAUGUGGUGAAGUUAGGCAUGUUGGCAUCUGCGGAAACUGCGGAGAUGGUGGCCGACACUCUCCGGCAUCAUAAGGUCUCCAAAGUCGUUCUUGACCCUGUUAUGGUAUCUACUAGUGGCUCAAAGCUGCUCCCUACUGAAGCCGUGAAUAUUGUCCAGACGAAACUUCUUCCAUUGACAACCAUCGUAACCCCUAACAUACCCGAAGCCAUCUUACUGCUUCAGGGUUCAGGGGCGGCUGCCAAAGAUCCCAAGAACCUGGAAGAUGCCAUCCAAAUAGCAAAACAGAUCCAUACCCUAGGCCCGAAAUAUGUUUUGCUCAAAGGUGGCCAUAUGCCGUUAACGGCCAGCUUUCAGAGAGGAACAACAGCCGACCAGCAAGCGUCGAAAGUGGUGGAUGUUCUAUACGAUGGUCAAGAGGUGACGUUGUUUGAGAAUGAGUUUCUCAUAUCCAAGAAUACCCAUGGGACUGGUUGCUCCCUUGCCUCUGCGAUUGCAGCAAAUCUCGCACAAGGGAUGGCUGUGGUGCGGGCUGUUCGUGCCGCGUGCAGGUUUGUCGAGGCCGGCAUCAGGACGAGCGUGGAUAUGGGAAAGGGGAAUGGGCCGAUUAAUCACUUCCAUUCUGUGUACUCACUGCCGUUUGCGCCCAGCGGCCGAUUUGUCGAGUACAUACUGGAUCGUCCCGACGUCCAACCAGUAUGGAAAGCCUUUACGGAACACGAGUUUGUGGCCGGUUUGGGAAAAGGAACGCUGCCGGUGGAAAAGUUCAAGGGCUAUCUGAUCCAAGAUUACCAUUACUUGUCUGCGCAAAUAGUGCUUCACGUCCAGCGCGAAAUGAACUUACAUCUCGAUUACUGCGCAACAUUUGGGUUGACAAAGCAAGACAUCGAAAAUUGCAAGGAGAGCCUAGCAUGUGUUGCCUACAGCAGAUAUAUACUCGACAUAGGUCAAUCGGAGGACUGGCUAGCUCUACAGGUUGCACUCUCACCUUGUCUAAUUGGAUACGGAGCUAUCGCCAAAAAGCUCCAUUGCGAUGAGAAUACCGCACUUACAGGGAACAGGUAUUGGAAAUGGAUUGACAAUUACGUAGCAGAGGACUAUGUGAAGGCAGUAGAGGCUGGGUCCGAGCUCCUAGAACGACACAUGAGGGACGUGUCUCCUACUCGGAUGGAGGAAUUGGUCAAGAUAUUCAUUCGAGCUACGGAGCUUGAGAUUGGGUUCUGGGACAUGGGGCUGCAGGCGGACCAACUGUAG